UUGAUUUGAACCCUAACAAUUUUUUAGCGGGAUGAAAAUCAAAAGAAAAUCCUUUUGGACGGGAUUAUUUCCCGCUUGGUGUUUUGGAAUAGCUAUAAAUUUAAACCCUAAAGUCAAUUAAGAAAUGUUAAGAGAUUUAUCUUUUCGGGGGAUUAUCAGAGAUCAAAAACAGCGAGAUGACUGGAGGAAUUAUUACCACUCUUUGUUCGGUUGAAAGCAGCCCCACAUUCAACUGUUCUCCCUCGUCUCCUAGACGAAGCCCCAUAUUGUCUGAAUCAGGUCAUGAUGAACUGCAUGAUGAGCUGCAUGGAACGAUCACAAGUGAAGGCUCGGUAUACAGGUGGUAGGAAAGGUGUACCUAGAACGUGGCAUGAAAUGGAAAAAGAAAGUCCCACUGGUGAGAUAUAUAGGCCAUACGUGUUUGUGAAGACACAUAAAGUCACCCCAGAUGAUAAUCCCUCAUCAUCUAAAUCACUGGCAGCUGCAACAUUAGCAUUGGUGCAGAGGAAUAUGAUAAAGAUCCUUCAGCACAAAAGUGUUUGGGAACCGACGCUGUUACCAAGGCCAGGUUACAGAAAGAUAAGCAGAAAGCCGAAGCUUUGAAAGCACAGUUGGAUGAUGAAAGACAGAAAAACAACACUGGAGUACAUGAUCAGAUCUCUAAUACCUCUUACCAGCAGGAUAUUGGCAUGCCAGUGAUACCCUCGUCGUUUGGUCUUUUCUUUUUGAGCUUAAGGAAAAAGCCGGUUGCAGUUGCAUAUGUCGAAACUAAGGUGCUGAUUGAUGACGAUUACGACUGCAUGCUUCAAGGAAUCAUUGAGCCAAAUGCAAUGUUGUGCGACAGAGAUGAUGUUGUACUUCAGGAUGUUCCUAUAGGUAUUAUUAUUAGGUGGCCAA